AUGUUACACCCAAAGACUACUGAAAUUACAUUUAAAUUGAAUAAUGGUGUUCAAAUUCCGGCCUUAGGACUAGGUACUGCAUCUCCCAAAGAACGAGCACAAGAGACCAAACAGGCUGUUAAAGCUGCUAUCAAAGCAGGCUAUAGACAUAUUGAUACUGCUUGGUUUUAUAGGACUGAACCAUACAUUGGAGAAGCAAUUAAAGAAUUAAUUGAAGAUGGUGUUAUCAGAAGAGAAGACAUCUUUGUUACUUCAAAAGUUUGGCCGGUAUAUUGGGAUAAUGUCAGUAAAUCUUUAGAUGAGACUCUAACUGAUCUUGGACUAGAUUAUGUCGACUUGUAUCUUCAACACUGGCCAUUAUGUUUUCAAAAGGUGGAAGAUGUUAAAGAUGGAAUUCAUGGAAUUAAAGGUCUUCCAAAGAAAGGAGAACGUGAAGCAUUGUUUGCAGAAAAUGCAGAUUGGAUGGAAACAUAUAAACAAUUAGAGAAGAUUUACCUUGAUCCAAAUGACAAGAGGGUAAGAGCUAUUGGUGUUUCUAACUUCCCAAUUGAAUAUUUGCAAAGGGUUUUGAAAGAAUGUGAAGUUAAGCCAACUGUUAACCAAGUAGAAAUUCAUCCACAUCUUCCACAAUGGGAACUCAAAGAAUUUUGUGCUGAGAAUAAUAUUCUAUUGACUGCAUACUCUCCAUUGGGUUCCACUGGUGCACCAGUUAUUAAACUGCCAUUAGUAAAAGAACUAAGUGAAAAAUAUCAUAUGACAGUUAAUGACAUUUUAAUUUCUUACCAUAUUAGAAAAGGUACAGUUGUGAUCCCAAGAUCUUUGAAUCCUGUUAGAAUUGCUAGUUGCAUUGAAUUUGCGCCAUUAACUGAAGAAGAGAUCACAUUGUUAGAUAAUAUUGGAAAGAAGGAGCCUAUUAGAUACAUUGAUGAAUUUUUUGCAUCAUCUAUUCCGGGUUUUACAGGUGAGAAAUGA